UAAAAUGGUAACAGCGUCUAAACUUUGGCUACGAGAACGCUCUUCAGAGUCCGGAAAUGGCAGUAUUCAAACAGUUCUCUUCUUCCCCAUUUUCACCCAUUUCUUGGUUCUAAUUCCUGUUCUACUGCUGCUUGGAAUUGUUGGCUGGAUGUCAUCUCUACUCUAGUGUAGUUACAAUCUCGAGUUACCGGCAGUUGUUUAAAUCUUCUUUUACAGUUGCUGUUGUGCAAAAAUGGUGGGAGAUAUUCGUGUGCAGGUUGUAACAUGUUCUGUGACGUUACCCUCAUCCUUGGUUACCCUUCCACAUAGAUCUUCAAGUAGGUUGUCUUACUCUUAUCAUCUCCCAUUGGGUCUGAAAUCAAAAGUGAAGCAGAUAAAGGCUACAUCUGCUGAUGCUGGUCAUAGUCAGCCCCCAUCAUCUUCAGAAAGAAGGAAUCCACUUUCCCUUUUUCUGGAUGUACCUCGUACUGUGUGGAGGCAAACAUUGCGUCCUUUGAGUAAUUUUGGGUUCGGUCAAAGGAGCAUAUGGGAAGGUGGGGUUGGGUUGUUCCUAGUGUCAGGUGCUAUACUCCUCACACUCAGUUUGGCUUGGUUGAGAGGCUUUCAACUACGGUCUAAAUUUAGAAAAUACUUGGCUGUCUUCGAGUUUGCUCAGGCUAGUGGCAUUUCUGUUGGAACUCCUGUAAGAAUUAGAGGAGUUACUGUAGGCAAUGUCAUUCGUGUUAACCCUUCCCUGAGGUGUAUUGAGACUGUUGUUGAGGUUGAAGAUGAUAAAAUAAUUAUACCCCGUAAUUCAUUGGUUGAAGUAAACCAAUCAGGUCUUCUUAUGGAGACAAUGAUUGACAUUACUCCCCGGGAUCCUAUCCCAGUUCCUUCUGCAGGACCACUUGAUCCAGAAUGUAUUCAAGAAGGCUUAAUAUUAUGUGAUAAGCAGAAAAUUAAGGGAUAUCAAGGGGUAAGUUUGGAUGCAUUAGUUGGAAUUUUCACUCGGCUUGGACGGGAAGCAGAGGAAAUAGGGCUUACCAAUACAUUUUUAUUAGCCCAGCGAGUUGCUUUGGUUAUUGAAGAAGCAAAGCCUUUGCUUUUAAAGAUUCAAGCCAUGGCUGAAGAUGUUCAACCUUUGCUUGCUGAGGUUCGUGACAGUGGUCUUCUAAAGGAAGUUGAAAGCUUAACUAGAAGUCUUUCACAUGCUACGGAAGAUUUAAGAAGCGUGCAGGCAUCCAUUCUGACCCCGGAGAACACAGAACUGCUUCAGAAGUCCAUUUAUACUCUAAUUCAUACUUUGAAGAACGUAGAGAGUUUGAGCUCCGAAGUUCUUGGAUUCACCGGUGACGAGGCAACAAAACGGAAUUUAAAACUACUUAUCAGAUCUCUGAGCAGGCUACUAUAACUAUGAGACAUAGAUGUGCUGGAGAUGGGAUUGUAUGGACUCGGUAUUUGGGCAACAAUUUAUUUUCAACCCUUUCAUAUUGCAGGCGCAAAGCCGAUGUGGCUAGACAUAUUUACGCAACUGUUUUUGUGGUUUUGGUUUCUGUGGGGGGAAGGAGGAGGAAGUCAGGCAUUGGCAAAAGAAUUUGGGAAAAGUUAUAACCACAGUUCAUUUUAGCAUAGAAAUAUAUGUGAGAAUGUUCUUAGAUAAAGCUCUGUUGAAACAGUGGGAAAUUAUUUAUUCUUAUUAACACAUGUUUGUUGUCCUUCAUUUCUGUUCAAAGGCUUCGUUCUUUCAGGCUGGAGUCCAUAUAAAGAUUGGAAAAGCUACAUAUGAUUGCUACUUAGGUCAA